UCACUAUUAUUUUUAAAGAUCUGAAACGAACUGUGUGAUAGAUCUAGCUAGAUCUAGAUCUAGGCCUAAUCGCAUUCAAUUUAAUAAUGUCUCUGCCCGAGAAAUGUAUUGGCCUGAGAGAAAAUGUCAAUAAACUUGAGGAAGUAUUAUGUCAAAAAGAUGAGACUUUAUCAAAGCUGAUACAAGAGAGAAAUUCUCUCUUAAAGACAGUUUUCCCAGAGACAACAGUUACCAGUAGUUCUGCAUCCAUGUUGUCACAUUAUAGGUACAUACUGCCGCUUGUAAAAGAUAUUUAUCUUUUGGAACUACAAUUAAAAGAAUGUCAGAAAGAUUAUGAUGAGAGUUGGCUUAAACUUCAGGCUGCAGACUUAUAUGGAGAUUUAUGCUUUAAAGAUACCACUGUUUUGACAAAAUGGCACAAAGAACUUGAGGAGCUAUCUUGUAAAGAACAAAUGAGCUUUGAACCAGCCGCAGCCAUUGCUCAGGUAACAAAUGUCACCUAUCAAACUCACAUGGGGAACCAAACACAUCUUAUGGAGAGUCUUGGAUUUACAGUUUUGAAUAAUGGAGUCCAUGUGAGGUUAAAAAUAGAGACACAUAUGCAAGUUGAUAAUAUGCAUGUAAUUUCUCCAACUCAACUCAGCCUAUGUGUGGAAUGUGAUACAUUUAUCAAUGGUUUGGAAGAAAAAGUACAGCUCCUAUAUGAAAGUGAUGGACACAUUCAUGACAUUGUAAAGAUGAUUACACAAUAUUCAGAUGCUGAAAUGGCUCCAUAUGUUAUCAUAAUUCCUUUGAAAAAAAAGAAAAAAACUAAAAUUACCAAAGAAACCAAUGAUAUCAAACAGCAGCCUUGUGAUAAAUUAAAGAAUUAGCUAACUUUGG